AUGGAAAUCUUUGCUAAAGCAUAUGAUGUCAAAGUCUGGAGAGUCAUUAAAAAGGGAAACUAUCCCCUACCUGCUAGCACUCCACCACUUGCUGAUCCUGAUGAUAUAGAUUCAUACUCAAAGGAGCAACUGGAAGCGGUACAAGUGAAUAACAAGGCAAGAAAUCUGCUUCGCAAUACUAUAAGUGGUGAGGAAUACGAGAAAAUAUCGAGUUGUGAUACAGCCAAAGAGAUGUGGCAUAAACUUGAGGUCACCUAUGAGGGAACCAGCAAAGUAAAGGAAACUCACAUCAACAUGCUAGUUCAUGACUACGAACUCUUCUCAAUGAAAGAAGGAGAAUCCAUUGAAGAAAUGUUUGCCAGGUUUAGUAAGAUAAUUAGUGACUUAAAGGCAUUUGGCAAGCCCUACACGGUGAUCAAGUCAGAAAAAUUUCCAGAAGUCUGCCAAGCACUUGGCAGACCAAAGUAG